AUGGCUCGAUAUCAAAAUCUAGAUGAACAAAUGGCAGAUUUGAAUAUCGAAGAAGAGGAGAAUGAGGAUUUUGUUUUUGAUGGAGAUGUGGAGGAAGAAGUCAAUAAAUAUGAGUUAUGCUUGAUUGGGAGGUAUCUCACGGAGAAGAAUAUCAACACUAGGGCCAUGAAGACAAAGAUGGCAGAUAUUUGGAAACCGGCGAUGGGAAUGACUAUUAAAGAAAUUGAUCCAGGCAUCUUUUUACUACAAUUUUACCACAAGGAAGACAUGUUGUGGGUGUUGAAUGGAGGGCCUUGGUCAUUCGAUAAUGCAAUGUUGCUGCUUGAGAGGAUUCCAUCGGGCGAGGAACCAUUAAAAGUUCCAUUGUGGUUCAUGAACAUAUGGGUACAGAUUCAUAACCUUCCAUCUGGGUUUAUGUCGGAGGCAGUGGGCAAGCAACUGGGGGAUUUUUUUGGAGAGUUUCUUAUGUAUGAUGCUAAGAACAAUACAAGCAUAUGGAGGGAGUUCAUGCGCAUUCAAAUAAGGAUUGACGUCCGGAGGCCACUCAAGAGGAGAAAGAAAAUUAAAAGAAAAGAUGGUUCGGACUUUACAGUUACUUGCAAAUAUGAAAGACUUGGAUAUUUCUGCUUUGUGUGCGGACUUGUAACACAUACUGAGAGAUUCUGUAGGAGAUUCAUGGACAAAAGAGGUGAUGAAGUGGCUAAAGAGUGGGGUGUCUGGCUAGAGGCGCCGCCGAGAAAGGUGGCCGGGCAGGGGAGGAGGGAGAUAAGGAUUGGGAGGCGAAAAUGGGGGGAGAUAAUAACGGCCCAGCUAUCACCAUCUGUAGUAGCGGGAGCUAUCCAAAUUUCAAAUAAUUAUAUUGGGCCUGAUGCGGAGGAAAGUAGUGGGCUGAAUAUAGAAGAUAGGAAGAGAAGGAGAAGUGGGCCUGCAUCAAACACUGUAAUGGAUAUUAAUGAUAUUCGAAAAUCAUAA